AACUAUUAUGGUCUAUUACUGCCCGGUCUCUUCUGAGAACAGUAGCAGUCACAGAGGACAAACCGGUAAAAAUGGUGCCUUUAUGGAGGAGUGUGCCAUCAGUUUCGAGGAGUUUAACCUGUAGAACCUCACCCGUGAAAAGAUUGUAUGCGUAUGCAGCUUCACCUCUAAGUGAACCAUUAGUGGAUUUACAAGCUGAAACUGCGGAGGGAGUUGAUCUAUCUCCACAAAGUGUUCAGGUUACUACAUUAGAAAACGGUCUCAAGGUUGCCUCACUAGAGACUCAUUCUCCUAAGAGUAGAGUGGGGUUAUUUAUCGAUGCUGCCAGUCGUCAUGAAACACCAAACACACUGGGUAUUAGCCACGUCUUGCGAAAUGCUGCGUUUAUGGGUAACUUGGACCAUACAGGAUUCAGAAUUUCAAGAGAGCUAGAACAUACUGGUGCAAGUUUAGAGUAUGUGUGUUUAAUUCUUGAGGGUGCAAUGAAUCGUGUGAAGUUAGAUCUUGCAGUGAAAGACUCCCAACCACAAAUAAAUGUUGUUGAAGAACUGCACAGAGUUGCCUUUAGGAGAACCCUUGGAAAUUCCCUUUACUGUUUACCCCACAGAACUGGCAGUUUUACUACUGAUGUGAUGAAAGAUUAUACCCAAAACUCUUACGUGGGGCAGCGUAUGGCUCUUGUUGGAGUAGGUGUUGAUCACAGCCAGCUGGUAGACUUGGCCAAAGCAGCAUUCUCCUUUCUGCCAAAGGGUGAAGCUGCUGCUAAAGAAGCUUCAAAGUACCAUGGAGGAGAGGUGAUGAAUUUUAGGGCUGGCCCUCUUGUUCAUGCAGUUCUGGCAACAGAGGGAGCUAGCUUAGGAAGCAAAGAUCUUCUUACAUUCUCUGUUUAUCAGAAACUUCUUGGUGCAACACCUUACAUCAAGUGGGGAAGCAACAUGGCAUCAAACAGGCUAUUUAAGGCUGCCGCUGAAUCUGCUGGUGGAGCCUUCUCAGCAUCAGCUUUUAAUGCAAGCUAUUCAGAUGGUGGUCUUUUUGGAUUUUAUGUUGUUGCAGAACCUUCAAAUGUAGCCAAGGUAAUGAAGUCUGUAGUUGGCCAGUUUUCCAAAGCUUCAAAGGGAGACAUCUCUGAUCAGGACAUCACACGAGCAAAAAAUCAGAUGAAAGCGCAUCUUCUUAUGAACAGUGAAAGUCAGGAUACGAUGUUUGAGGACAUUGGCUUUCAGAUAUCAACCAAGGGAAGUUACACAUCACCUCUAGAAGCCGCCACGGCUGUUGAUUCUAUUACCAAGACCGAUGUCUUGACGGUCGCCAAACGUGUGUUUUCUGGCAAACCUUCACUGUCAGCCGCAGGCGAUGUGUCUACAAUGCCGGGUUUGGACGAACUCUUCUAACCUUGUUUUCACACCGUUCAGUGAUUGUUCCGCAAUGUGCUUGCUGUGUUUAUUGAUUGAUGCUGGGUCAUUGGUAUAGACAAAUAUUAUUUUUAACGAAGACUGAUUGUUCAUGGCGCCAGUGGCUCGUUGUAAAGAAAUGAAUGUUCGUCAAUAAACGCGUCACCUUGCUCUUGGCGCUUUUAAGCUAUGA